AUGAUAUCUAGACCCUUUAAUGUAAUUGAGCAUGUCGCUCCCUGUCAAUAUAUCAGGGAGUAUCCGGGGGCCAUUGAUACGGAUCAAGAAGAAACCCUCUAUCUAUCCGUCAAGCAGUAUGUCCCGAUCGACAACCCCAACCCGAAGCCAGGGGAUAUAACCAUUAUUGGUGCGCAUGCAAAUGGCUUCCCGAAGGAACUCUACGAGCCACUCUGGGAAGAGUUGCAUUCGCGAGCAAAGAAGCAUGGCUUCCGAAUCAGAGGCAUUUGGAUUGCAGAUGCAGCCCAUCAGGGCAAAAGCGGAGUAUUGAAUGAGAAUCUUCUCGGCAAUGACCCUUCAUGGUUUGACCAUCCCAGAGACCUGUUACAUUUCAUCAACUUGAAGCGGGCAGAAAUGCCCCGUCCAAUCUUUGGCAUUGGCCACAGUAUGGGUGGGAACAACUUGAUUAACCUUGCCCUAAUGCACGCGAGACUCAUCACCUCCCUCAUCCUUAUGGAUCCCGUCGUCAGCCGUCUCGCAAUAACCCCCCAAGAACAUACCCUCCACACGAAAUCGAGCAACGUCCCAGCCACAACUGCCGCCUCCACUUACCGGCGUGACAUCUGGCCCUCCCGCGCUGCCGCCGCAGAUGCCGCAAAGAAAAGCAAAUUCUACCAAACCUGGGACCCUCGCGUCCUUGACCUCUGGAUCCAGUACGGGCUUCGAGAACUACCCACUGCCCUCCACCCCCUCCCUCCACCACCACCACCAUCAUCAUCAACCUCAACAACUACCCGCAACGCAAAACCGGUAACCCUCACCACCACCUUGCACCAAGAAGUCUUCACCUUCUCCCGGCCCAACUACAACGGCAACCCAACCAGUAGCCAUCCGGUAAACCGGAUGACGCAUCCCGACCUCCACCCAACCGUCACAGCAGGAUACCCAUUUUACAGGCCCGAAGUGCACCUGACCUUCGACCGGCUGCCUAACCUCCGCCCAUCCGUCCUAUACAUAUUCGCAGACAAGUCGGACAUGUGUCUACCGCAGUUCUGCCAGGAUAGGCUUAACCAAACGGGCAUUGGUGUGGGGGGAAGCGGCGGGGUGGCGGAGGGUCGUGUCCAAUCUGUCUUGCUGAACGAUGUGGGGCAUUUGAUACCGAUGGAAGCAGUAGGGGAGGCGGCUGAUCAUGCUGCUGGCUGGAUUGGGAAGGAGAUGGAGCGGUGGAGGGUGGAAGAGGAUGGGUUCAGGAGGAAGUGGGAGAAGAUGUCCAGGGUGGAGAAGAUUACGAUUGAUGAGAAGUGGAAAAGCUACAUCACGUCGCCGGCCAAGGGGAAGAAGAAGCUGGCUGUAGUGUCCAAGGCUGGGGCGAAGUUAUGA